AUGACCUUUGGUCUUAGAAUGACUUGUAUGAUGGAGGCUGCAAUGUAUCGCCAUUGGUCAGAUCUUCAGCCGGAACUCCUGGGCCUUGUUCUCAAGCACCUGCCCUCCCUGUCUGACCGUGUUCGUCUAAGAGCAGUCUGUCGCACCUGGCGCUCUAAUAGUAUGUUGCAGCCCCUUCCUCUGCCAUUCCCGUGGCUCACCCUCCCAGACGGUACUUUCCUCAGCAUUCCAGGCAGUGAAAUUCACCGCAUACCUGUACCAGAAGGUGCUUGUUGCCAAGGCUCCAUUGACAACUGGCUAUUCCUCAUUGACAAUGGUAAUGUGUGCUCAUUGAUGAAUCCUUUCUCCAAGACUGCAUUAGAGCUUCCUAAUCUAGUGGCUGUUUGGGAGCGUGAGAUACGUUACCACUCUGACCGUAAACCAAUUUUCUAUAAGUUGGUGGUGCCCUCUCCCCUGGACUCAUCACCUCAUUCCCCUGUCGUUGCACUAAUCAUGGACGAUGGUUGUUUCCAUACACUCUGUAUUAGCCAGCCACCGAUCGCCACUGCCUCGCUCAGAGAUAAUAAGGAUCCACGACUGUUCCUCAGUGAUGUUGUAUUCUUCAACGGGAAGUUGUACGCAUGGGGUCGCUUCGGCCAGCUAUUCAUCGUUGAUUUGGAUAAUGACCGUACCAUUUCAUCCAUCAGCUGCAUAAUUGACUCUUUGGGUGACAUAGGUGGAACACCUCAAGAUUUGUCCAUAGCAGAGGAGUACAUGGUAAAACCGUAUCUCAUUGAAUGUGGGGGUAAACUGUUGCUGGUGGCAAGAUGGUUUCGCUGCACGCCACGUUCGACAAGCUACGAUGUCUUUGAACAAGCGUACUGCCGUGUUUCAGGUCUUUGA